AUGGACUUCCACCUUGUGCCCCGCGGCACUGACCGCAACUACACAGGCUUCUUUACAAAGACAAUAGUCUACACCGGGACGUUGGUGAUAUUCCUGGCUUCUCUCGGCCUGACUAUAGCGUCCAUCGUCAUUCCAAAAUGGGUCACCUACCAGAGUGAAAAGCCCAAUUAUCAUUACUCCUACGGUCUCCAUCGCCGCUGCUCCUCCAUCACAGAUACCUGCGAGAGUUUCCCACAACGUGAAGACUGCCAUGGCGAAGAUCGGUAUUUCUGCUCCAUGUGGCGGUCGGUCGGGUUCCUCAUGUCCUUUGCUAUCGUUUUACAGGGCAUGAGCGUCGUCACAUACUUGGUCAUUCUCUCUGGGGGCAAGCGCUUGCGCGAAAACGGAUGGACUGUUCUCAGCUUGAUGGUGGGACUUUCUGCCAUCGUGCAGGCUGCGGGUAUGUCGAUUGUGGCAUAUUUGUUUGAUAACGAGGACCGAUUCUUUGUUGGCUGGCAACUUGAUCAAUCCUGGGUCUUUUGUACAGUUAGUUGGUGCAUCAGUCUUUUCUGCGCUGGUGCAGUCAUUCUGGCUGCCAAGGUCCUGCCCUCUGAAGGAGGCUACGAGUUGAUUCCUGAUCAUGAUGAGCUUAGGAUCUCUUGA